AUGAAGCCCAUUGCUCUCCUCUCCACCAUCGUCUUCGCCUUGACCGUCUCGGUCCAAGGCGCCAUCAACGAUCCCUGCUCAGUCAACGGCACGCCCGGUAUUUGCAUCACCACGACGGCUUGUGCCAACGCUGGUGGCACCAACGCUGUCGGUUUCUGCCCCAACGAUCCUGCCAACGUCCGUUGCUGCACCAAGAAGUGCAGUACCAACGGCACCUGCCGUUUCACCAACACCUGUUCUAGCGGCAACGUCCUCGUCGGCCUUUGCCCCGGUCCCUCCAACUUCAGGUGUUGCAUCCCCUCUAGCAGCUGCGCCUACAGCCCGGUCAAUUCCCGCACCGUCCAGGAAAUCAAGAACUCCGAAGGAUUCGUCAGGUCCCCUGCACCCGAUCCAAUCGGUCUCCCCACGGUCGGAUACGGCCACCUCUGCAAGAAUAAGGGAUGCAGCGAGGUCCCAUACAGUUUCCCCCUGACCGAAGCGCAGGCCACCUCUCUCCUCAUGACCGACUUGAAGACCUUCCAGAAGUGCAUCUCCGACCAAAUCAACGAUUCCAUCAGGCUGAACGAGAACCAGUACGGUGCCUUGGUUUCGUGGGCCUUCAACGUUGGCUGCGGUAACACCGCCUCUUCUGCCUUGAUCUCGCGACUCAACAAGGGAGAGAGCCCGAACAAGGUUGCGGAGGAGGAGCUUCCUCGAUGGAAGUACGCCGGUGGCCAGGUUCUGCCCGGCUUGGUUGCUCGUAGGAACAGGGAGAUCGCAUUGUUCAAGACUGCUUCGAGCGUCGUCGGGCAUCCUCCCAGGUGCUAG